AUGAAUGGUGAAUUCGAGGAAAUACAGAUACCGCGAGAUGCUGGUGUCAUCGGGACAACGUCCUGGACUGGCAUGGAAGUCGAGUUUGAUUUCGAAAACUUGAGUUCUACUCCCGGAUACUACAACCUGACGAACCACACUGGCGAGGAACCCGAGAUCUACCUGCCCAGCGCUGUCGCCAAAGGGAUCAUCCUGGGGAGCGUCUGUCUCAUGACAAUAGGAGGGAACGUCUUGGUGCUGCUGGCCGUGUUCGUGAAUUCCCACCUGAGAAGCACGACCAACUACUUCAUCGUCAACCUGGCCAUAGCUGAUCUGUUGCUGGGGACAACGGUGCUGCCAUUCUCGGCUAGUUUAGAGAUUUUAGAUUACUGGAUAUUCGGGCAGAUCUUCUGCGACAUCUGGGCCGCCAUCGAUGUCCUCUGCUGUACAGCUUCCAUCAUGAGUCUGUGUGUGAUCAGUAUAGACAGGUACAUCGGGAUAACCCGACCACUGCAGCAUUCCUCGAUCAUGACGGAGCGCCGCGCUCUCUACAUCAUCGUUCUGGUGUGGCUCCUGGCGACCACCAUCUCCGUGGCUCCUCUCGUGGGCUGGAAGGAGCCUCCAGAUCCUGAUCCCAGAGUCUGCACGGUGACGACGCAGAUAGGAUACGUGUUGUUUUCGGUAUCCGGGUCUUUCUACAUCCCGACCCUGAUCAUUGUUCUAGUGUACAUAAGGAUAUAUCGAGAGGCCGUGAAGCAUUCGAAGUUUCUGUCCACUGGUAUAAAGACCUCAAAAAUCGACGAGUCGGGAAUAACGCUGCGGAUUCAUACGGGAGGGGGUAAAUGCACCCCCCAGCCGUCCCCCAUGUAUCAGAGCAGUAGCUCCAGCGAACACUCCGAGGGGUCGGGAAAGAAGGCGGUGUCGCGGCUCACGCUGGCGGGGAAGGUAGCAAAGUUCAAACGAGAGAAGAAAGCCGCCAAGACUCUUGGAAUUGUCGUUGGCGUUUUCAUCCUGUGUUGGUUUCCAUUUUUCUUUGUCUUGCCUUUAGGUUCGCUGUGCAAAGCAUGUGCCACUCCAGAAUUGCUGUUUAAAGUUAUUUUCUGGCUCGGUUAUUGCAAUUCGCUCAUGAAUCCCAUUAUAUAUGCGUGCUCCAGCAAGGAAUUCAAGAGGGCCUUCAAGAGAAUUCUACUGUGCCAGUUCAGACGCAGACCCAGGGUGUUCUUGAACGGUCAGAGCGAAACUCUUUCUUCCAACCUCGAGAGUGACACAAAUAACGUGUCGUUCAACAAAUCGUGCAAGAAAUAUAGACCUCUUUCGCUGCGUCGUCCCUUAACGAAACAGAAAAACAAUAUGGUGGUUAACAACAGAAGUGCCUCUCUUCACGCGUCAUCACCCGAUUCGCCAAUCCGAAGCUUACGUUUGUACCAGAUGCAAAUGAAAACGUACAUUUGCGACGACGUUUCGUCGCCAAAACUCAGUGUAAACGCUGAUAGUAUUGGUGAAUCUGUGGACCAGUCGUUAAGCGCGACACAAGACUCGCUCCUGGUGGACCAGCGAUUUACCAGCCAAACGUCUGCGACGACGGAUAUGGAUAAGAGUAGUUUUGCAGACGAUGAAGAAUAUGUGAAUUCUGUGAUUGUUAACAGCAGACAUCAUAAACAGGAAACAAAAGAGGAUGUGCCUGGGAUUCCUCUUAUUUUGAUCCGGUGUGAUUCUUCAUCCCACGUCAAUGAGACGACCCCAUUUACAUGAAAGUAUUCACGAUGAUGGUGUACAGCUUGAAGAGCGGUUACAAAAUCAGGCUACAUGCUAUAUACAGUAUUAAAGUUUAGACUCACGGUUUUAGCAUUUAGUUAAAGGGGAAGUCCCAAAGUUGCAUAAUGACCAAAAUUAUUUUUGUUGAGAAAUGUAAAUAUUAUACCUUGCAUUACAUGCCAACAAACCAAUUACAUCCAAAUAAUUUCAUUUGCUGCUGUUUAUUGGUUUAUAUUAUUGCAAACUCCAAUAAAGGUGACCGACAGGUUAAAGCAUGGUGUCUCACUGAAUUUGAAUUGCAUCUCUAAACCGACAAAGAACUGUCUGCUAUAUUAAGGGAUAAGCGGUUUUCUAUGUAUUUUAUAUUUUCCUGACGAAACCAUUGUUUACGCUGUGAGGCAACACAUUAUAAUAAUUAUGAUAUUAUUCAGUUAAAUAUGCAGAUAUUAUCAUGUAGAAUCCCUUCUGUUUCAUGUCCAGUCACUGGCCUUGCUAGAGUCUGGGUGUGGGAUGGGCGUGUCUGACCCUCCAUUGGGUAUAGUCAUGUUAAUAGAGCUUAUGAAAACAUACGUACAAUGUAGGAUCUAUUCAUUUGUAGUUGUUUAUCUCAAAUACAUGCAUGCAAAAACAAAUUGUGGACUAUGACACUUGCAACUUUAGAAAUACGCUUUUAAAGUCAUGAGGCCUAAGUCUUGAGGGUGUACUUUAAAACUUUAUAAGCGCAAGUCAGGAUCUUACUGAUCACCUCAACAGUCUCCUUCAGUAGAUCUGACAAAAAACAGUGACAUGUUCAGGAGCCCACGAACAAAUUGACUGGUGCCGUCGUUUUCGAUCAUAUUACAGCAGGUGCAGAUCCAGGAUUGUGUCAAGAGGGUUCAUAAAAUUACAAAAAAGGAGAAUUUAUUUCAGUUUAUCGGAGGCAAAUUAGAUGAACACAAAAAGAGAGCGAGAUUUAUAGGAAGUCAUAAAAAGGGGCACUUUAAACUGGCGGGGAGGGUCUCGGGACUACCGUGACCUCACCACUAGAUCCUCCAAUUAUUACAUUAAUUUAAUGUUAGGCGUACAAAAUGAAAAAAAGAAACAUAAUUUAGUGAGCGAUCGCGGCAGAUCGCCUACUUGACACUGUUUCAGUGUUUUCUAAAUAGCCUUUCAGCUGGCUGGUCUAAACACCACUGUAUCAACUUCCAACAGGGCUAAACAAGCUGUAAUUAACUCCCACGACGAAAUGUCACCUGGACACGUAAUUGCAUGUGUUAAUGUCAGAUCUACUAACAGAUGCAAAUGCGAGGCAGUAAGGUCUCAUUACAUCGAUUGUCAAAGACGACGUCUAAAGGAUGACAGACAAUUACCUUUAGCGGAUAUACAUAAUAGGUAGAAAUAUGCGUAGUUAGGGUGUAUUGCUGUAAUAUCAUCUCAGUAACACUGUACAAGCCCCUGCAGUCGUUUUUGUAGAAAUGCAGGUCAUGCCAACCUCUCAGUUUGCCAUUUAACAUUGCUUUGACAUUACACGUUAAUCACCUUCAGGCGUUCCUUGUAUGGAGAUUUUAAAGCAAAGGCAUAUUCCAAAACAAUUGAAACGGGAUAAGAGAUUACUUGACGAAUAUGUUAAAUGUGGAGAAUACAGUUAUAAUGUAUUAAAAUAGUGAAGACAUGUCACGUAUAUGCAUGCAUUGUAUGUGUUUUGUUUUGUUAUUUCUUAUAAUUAUAAGCCAUGUCGGUGCAGUGGUAUUAUCAAUAAAUACUACAUAGCAAAGGUGCGUUCAGUCAUACCGAACAGAGCGCGUCUAUUAAAUAGUGACGUGUUCAGGAGGCAGAGCGCUCGCGAACAAUUUGACUGGUAUCAUCAAAGUUUGGUACAAAAACCAGUCUAGCGAGCAACUGCAAUCGCUCGUCGUCCUUAGCAGAAAAAAGAGGUGAUCAUCUCGGUUAGAGACAGAACCGGGAUAUCAUAUGCAAUGAG